CGGCGGGGAAGCAUGCGGCUGCCCCGGCUCCUCUGCGCCUUCCUGCUGGCCGCCUGCUGCCGCCGCGCCGCGGGUGUGCUUGGAGAGGCCGAGCCGCCCGAGCCCGAGCUGGUGGAGGUGGAAGUGGGCGGCACGGCCCUCCUGCGGUGCGGCCCCUCCCAGUCCCAGGGCAACCUCAGCCACGUGGACUGGUUUUCCGUCCACAAGGAGAAGCCCACUCUCAUCUUCCGCGUGCGCCAGGGCCGUGGUCAGAGUGAGCCCGGGGAGUACCAGCACCGGCUCGGCCUGCGGGAGGCAGGGGCCGCGCUGGCCCUGACCCACGUCACCCCUCACGACGAGCGUGUCUUCCUGUGCCAGGGCCAGCGCCCUCGGCCCCAGGAGCACCGCCUCCAGCUGCGCGUCUACAAAGCUCCAGAGGAGCCGAGCAUCCAGGCCAAUGCCUUGGGCAUUUCGGUGAACAGCAGGGAGCCUGAGGAGGUUGCUACCUGUGUGGGGAGGAAUGGGUACCCCGUCCCUCAAGUCACCUGGUACAAGAAUGGACGGCCCCUGAAGGAGCAGCAGAACCGGGUGCACAUCCAGUCGUCCCAGACGGCGGAGUCCAGCGGCCUGUACACCCUGCGGAGCGUCCUGAAGGCCCAGCUGCGCAAGGAGGACCGGGACGCGCGCUUCUACUGCGAGCUCAGCUACCGGCUGCCCAGCGGGAGCCACAUGAAGGAGUCGCGGGAGGUCACGGUCCCCGUCUUCUACCCUGCGGAGAGGGUGUGGCUGGAGGUGGCGCCCGCGGGGCCGCUGAAGGAAGGGGACCGCGUGGAGAUCCGGUGUCUGGCGGACGGCAACCCCCCGCCGCACUUCAGCCUCAGCAAGCAGGACCCCAGCACCCGGGAGACGGUGGAGGAGACGACCGACGACGACGGGGUGCUGGUCCUGGCUCCGGCGCGGAGGGAGCACAGCGGGCGCUACCAGUGCCAGGGCCUCGACCUGGAGAGCACGGCCUCGCUGCUGAGCGCCCCGCAGGAGCUGCGCGUGGACUAUGUGUCUGAUGUGCGGGUGCGCCCCGCGGCCCCUGAAGCCCACGAAGGCAGCAACCUCACGCUGACCUGCGGGGCGGAGAGCAGCCAGGCCCUGGAGUUCCAGUGGCUGAAGGAGAAGACCGGCGGGGUGCUGGCGCACGGGCCGGUGCUGGAGUUGCACGACCUGGACCGGGAGGCGGGGGGCGGCUACCGCUGCGUGGCCUCCGCGCCCCGCGUGCCCGGCCUCAACGCCACGCGGCUGGUCAGCGUGGCCGUUUUCGGCCCCCCGCGGAUGGCGCUGAAGGAGAGGAAGGUGCCGGUGCGGGAGCACGCGCUGCUGAACCUGACCUGCGAGGCGUCGGGGCAUCCGCGGCCCGCCAUCUCCUGGAGCGUGGCCGGCAGGGCCAGCGAGCACGACCAGGGCCCCCAGAGCGUCCUGAGCCUCCUGAGUGUCCGCGUGACCCCGGAGCUGGUGGAGACGGGCGCCGAGUGUGUGGCCUCCAACGCCCUGGGCAGGAACACCACGCUCUUCCUCCUGGAGCUGGCCUCCAACAGAAGCACUGGGCUCAGCACCGCCACCGUCGGGCCUCACGCCAGAGCCAACGGCACCACCACGGAGAAGAAGCUGCCCGAGCCCCAGAGCAAGGGCGUGGUCAUCGCGGCCGUGACCGUGAGCCUGCUGGUCCUGGCGCUGCUGGGCGCCGCCCUCUGCUUCUUCUACAAGAAGGGCAGGCUGCCCUGCGGGCGGUCGGGCAAACAGGACAUAACGCUGCCCCCAUCUCCUAAGAGCACAUUUGUAGUUGAAGUUAAGUCAGAUAAGCCCCCUGAAGAGAUGGGCCUCCUACAGGGCAGCCGCGCUGACCAGAGGGCGCCCGGAGACCAGGGGGAGAAGUACAUCGACCUGAGGCACUAGCGCGGACCUGGACCCCUUCCCGCCCCUUCCCGCCGCCGCCCCUGCUCGCCCGGCCCGCACUCAGGACACUCAGGAUGGUCACCAGAGCCUCUCCCGCGGACGACAGAGGCUCCCCUUCCUCCCCUCCCCCGAUUUGGCAGGGCCGGUGGACUGGCUGGGACCUGGCGGCCCUCCUCGGGGACCACACUGUCCACCUGUGGAGUGGCGCUCACCCCAGGCGGCCUCGCUCCGCCAGAACACGUCUGCUCGGUUAUGGACCGAGGCCGGCCUCUGCCCACAGCCAGGGAGUCCGGGCGCCUUCCCAGUGCCGCUGUGUGGCCGCGGGAGGCGUGCGGGCUCCACCGUGGACCUGGCAGUGUCCCGAAGCAACUGCCUGCCGGCCGGCCGGCCAGGCCCCUUUUGGGACCCCCUUCCCUGGUGGAGCCCGGAGCUGGUGUCAUCCCUUCAGAUUCGCGCCGUGUCCCAGCAGUGAGGGAGCGGCCGCUUCCUAGUCAGGCCCUGAACUGCUCACUUGGGUGAGAGGCGGGGACAGAGGGGUCCCUGCGGCCCUUUAAGGGGAUUAAGGUUAGAGUUACCCUAGCACCAGACUCCUCUGAGCUGAGCUGAUGGACCUCGACCCCUUUAGGAAGGGCCCUAGAGGGAGGCUGGGAAAUGGGCCAGAGCUUGGGGGGUAGUGUGUAUUUGUGUGUGUGUGGUUUUGUCAGGUUGUGUGUAAACUUGCAAAGUUUCCUUCACACACACACACACACACACACACACACACACACAAAGCUUAGUUGUCCGGGAAACCGUACACACGUUUCAUUCUCCACGGGAACCACAGCGCCUGGGCUCCAAAUGGACCGGCACCAGGAGGAACCCGCCCCACGGCUCCAGCCCCCAGGGUGGCCCCUGCUCGGGGGCAGGACCGAGAGCCUGGGCCACGUGGCCUUGUGGGGAGGGGCGGCACGGACCUGCUGAGGCACAGUGCUCCGCUCACCCCCGUCAGCCCUCCAUCCCCACCAAACACAAGCGCUCAGGUCAACUACAACAAAAGAAACUUUAUUUAAAAAUACUUUACAGACGUGGGUGCUUGAAAAAGCUCUUUAGUUCAAUGUAUAUAAAUGGAAACAUUAAUAAAUAACAUUAGUAUGACAGACCUGAA